GAUGGCGGAAAAGAUAGAUCUUGUUGUGUUCGAUCUUGCUGGAACAACUGUAGAUGAUACAAUAGACGGUUUACCUUUAGUCACUGUUGCAAUGAUUGAAGCCUUUGCCUGCCACGGAAUUAAAAUCAAUCAUGACCAAGUGAAUAAAGUGAGAGGAAUGGACAAAAGACGUGCUGUGCAGUGUCUGUUGAAAGAAUUUGAAGAAGUGGAGUUGAAUAAUUGUCUCAUUACUUCUAAAUGUGCAAACAUUACAAAUAAAACUAGGUUAGAUUCUUUAGAUGAUAUAUUUAAGGAUUUUAAAUUGGCCCUAAAUUCUCAUUUGAUAAAUAUUAAUAAAGAAAUCCCUGGAACGACGACAACAUUUCAUUGGCUAAAAAAGAGAGGAAUCAAACUUGCGGUUGGCAGUGGAUUUCCACAUGAUGUUGUGUUAGCUUUAGUUGAAAAGUUAGGUUGGAAAGAUUUGGUUGAAUAUGUUUCAAGUGCAGAACAGGAGGGUCAUGGUCGACCACAUCCAUCUCUAAUACAUUCAGCAAUGAAGCAUUGUUCAAUAACUAACAAGAGAAGUGUUUGGAAGGUGGGGGAUACAGUGAUGGAUAUAGAAGAAGGAAGAAAUGCAGGGUGUUGGACAGUUGCUGUUCAGACAGGAACACAGACAGAAACAAUGCUAAAGCAGAGUAACCCAGACUACAUGAUAAACAGUGUUGCAGACUUGCCACAGCUGUUUGAAAAGGUCAUGGCUAUACAUAUGACAAAAAUCUAGCAAUAUUCAUUGACAUUGAACAUUUUCAUGGCUAUGCCAUAUUAGAUACAUGCUCUUCCAAUACCAUACUAGUUUGUAUUUGAUU